AUGAAAACAAUAAUAGAAAUCAACGAUAGUCUACCGAUAGCUCGACCUUCACCAACAGGUCUAGGACCACCUGCACCACUUGAUCUAAGUGAUUUUGCAGAAUUAUUUGAUAAAUGGUUACCUGAUCUAGUACCGGGUCAAAAAAGAAAGUUAGGUCAUCGAAGGAAUGACCCAUCAACGACACAAUCACCACGACAACAACUCCCACCCAUCAUACCCAGAAAAACACUACCACUUAGAAACCUUAGUGCACCACUUAUUCGAGGAUCUCUUCGAGCAUCUCCAAUCUCGAAUAAAAUAACAAACGAUGGAAAAAAACAACAUUCCUUUCAUGCACUUUUCCCCAUUGAGAAACAAAACCAAAGAGAACAACAGCAGCAACAUAUACGAACAUCAAACAUAAUCGUACCAUCAACAGACGAGCAAUCCAUAACAAUAUCACUCCUACAAAGUUCAACAUCAGAAUCGAUGAUAGGAUCACCACCAAUAAUACCAAAUACAACCACAGAAACAUACAAUAAUUUUGAGUUUCAGAUAACACCGGUCGAAUGUAGAUAUCAUUUUAAAAGAAUGAGAUAA